AACAUUCGUGAUGUUGUUUAAAUGCUUUUCUGCAGCUCAUGUCAAUGACUUCAGUUAAUAGUGUUUGCCUGUUUUAACAACUGGCUGAGAAAAUGCAGAAAUUGUUACAAGCUAUACAUCAUUCUGAUGACAGCAGGCCUAAAUAUUAUGUGACGUAAUCUUUCUGUCCAUUCUUGUAUUCGCCAAAAUUGUAAUGAAACGAGAAAAGGUUUACAACGAAAUUGCGAAUAUUAUUUUUGAUUGUCUAAAAGGGUUUAGGCGUAGACAGUGUACUACUGUACUACUUAUACACAAGGGCUUGUUUUGAAAGCAAAAGGGGCUGUACAUCUUUGCCAGCUGUGGAUCCACGACUACAUCCUGUAUGUGUAAAAUAAGAUUUGAAAAAAAAGUAAGACGCAUUAAUUAAUCUGUGGUACGAGUGUCGUUGGCACAUCGACCACCAACGAUUAUGUAGCCUACACCAUACAGUAUAGUUAUUCUGUUCUCCAUUAGGCUAACCUAUGCCUUUUUUGCUCUGUCUCUACGAUCAUAGUAGAGUUAUCUGCAAGACUGCUUCAAUAGACAGAAGUUAAACUAUUCGAUUAGUGGUGCAUGGUACUUGGUGAGGAGGUUGCACGUGCCUGUCUGUGAAAGAUGAGUCGGAUCAGGUAACGUUAGAACGAUAUAUUUGGUGGAGACGAAAUGGUUUGCUCCUUUUUAUUGUCAUUUAAAAGAAAUUGGAAUAUUUACGGAUUGUUGCGUAAAUAUUCCAUUCAUAUGAUUGCUGGCACAUGGACCGGCUUUGCUGUAACACCAUAGGGAAUCACAGCGAUAGAGACUCAGCGUGCUAGUCACCCAACGAUGAAUCCAGACACAUUGAAGCAGAGCUACUGCCUGACAGACUGUAACCCCUUCAGCCACUAGCUAUCGCAUUACAGAGCCAGUGUUUCCUCAGCAGUGGGCGAUAUAGUCGGAAUAGAGUGGGGAGAAAACAGGUAAAACGACUGAAGAACAUGGCUGUAGAAAAUGUUUUGUCACUUAUAAAACUCCUUCAUCAAUAAUUAACAUUUACGCUUCUUGAUGUCCAAGAGAGGUCUUUUAUUUUUAUCAACACUCAUGUGCUGUUGAUUUCAAUAGCAUACCAGCACCAGAAGCUCUAAAGCGGACCGGCAGAAGACUUGGAACUUGGUACAGCGGGGAUCUUUUUCAGAAGAUAUUGAUAAUGCGGCUCAACAAGGCAGUGCUUACAAUCCUUCUUUUAAUCGGUUUGACCAUAUUCACAGAGCUUGUUGUGGCUCAGAAUGACACGGAACCCAUUGUCCUGGAGGGCAAAUGUCUUGUGGUUUGUGACUCUAAUCUAGCUUCAGAUUCAAAGGGGUCGUCUUCUCCGCUCGGGAUUUCAGUGCGUGCAGCAAACUCCAAGGUAGCUUUUUCCGCGGUGAGGAGCAACAACCACGAACCUUCGGAAAUGAGCAAUAAAACAAGAAUCAUAUAUUUCGAUCAGGUUCUUGUUAACAUAGGCAACUAUUUCACCUUGGAAUCAGUGUUUUUGUCACCACGCAAAGGAAUUUACAGUUUCAACUUCCAUGUUAUCAAAGUGUACCAGAGCCAGACCAUACAGGUGAAUCUGAUGCUGAACGGGAAGCCGGUCAUUUCGGCGUUCGCGGGCGACAAAGAUGUCACGCGCGAGGCCGCCACCAAUGGGGUGCUACUCUACCUGGACAAAGAGGACAAGGUAUAUCUAAAACUGGAGAAGGGCAACCUUGUGGGAGGAUGGCAAUACUCAACAUUCUCGGGCUUUCUCGUUUUCCCUCUGUAAAAGAAAAAAAAGGAUAAGAGAAAAGAAAAAACAAAAAAAAAAUCCAAAAAAAGAAACAAAGAAAAAAAAAAAAACCGAAACAAGGGAAAUGUCUCAUCAAUUAACUAACAACAGUCCAGCUGUCAUAAUCGUGCAACUGAGAACAUCAGCGUCAUUUGGAUUUAUCCCCAUGGAUGACUUUGUAUUUUUUUCAGUUCUCUGUGAUUUUGGAUAAAGAAAUGCUGCGGGCGAGCAAAGGAUGAUGGGAAAGCUGUGACUUAUGAAACACAACAUUAGUAAAAUGCGCUCCUUCCUGCAAUGGGCAGGCCAAAAUUGGUUGCCCAUGCUAUUUGCUUAUUCCGUUCAUUUGUAUAUGCUUUCUCAUAUACAGGAAACCUGGGGGGCGAUGUGGGAGGUGUUGAUGGAGGCAAAGGGACUUUUGCUUGUGCAAUAUGUGUGCUUGUCAACAAUGCUCAAGAAUUGUUUUUAACCUUAUUAGUUUCUGUUUUUAGCUUCCAAGAGCCUCUUUGAAAAAUCUCUUUUAAAAAAUUCCUUCCAUGUCUCCUAUGUUAAUUUCUCUCCCCUUCUGGGUGUAAAAUGUCUCUCGUUGGCAUUGGUGUUGCGGUGUCACUUAAAUCCAUGGGCUCAUAUCAUCCAUUAAAGAAACUCCCAGCUUACAACACGCACUCUUUAUGUUGGGGUCGACUUCAUGUAGAAUUCGGUUUUAAUUGCCAGUGUGGUUUAGAGGGUCGCUUCCUAAAGUAACAGGUGUCUGUAGACUGGGACAGGAGGUCAAAAGCUUAAAUCUGAGGUGAACUAUGUAUAGUGCAGAAUGGUAGAGACAGUAGAGGAGAAUAAUGAUGCGUUUGUCUAUUAACACCUCACGACUGAGUGGAGGAAACCAGCCAGCUUCAAGAAGGGGGGAGGGGGUCUUUGGUUUUGUCCAUUUUUGUCAGGGUGGAGUUAUUUUACAGAUGUUGCCGUGGGCCUCUGCCUCGGGUGUCCGGGACCACACUGAGCUUGCUGUUGCGACAUCCUAUUUCUCAACGUGGCCUUUGUGCUGGUCGCGGGACUUCAUUCGGAAGCCAUUAAGCUGCCAAGCCAAGGAUUUCUGUUUGUGCUGAAGGCCCCCCGCUUCAUAGUCUGUCCAGGCUGUCCAGAGUUUGCUGUCUGCUCUCAGAAACUCUGAAGCAAGGAUGCUGUGUGUAAUUUCUGCAGAAACUGAGUCAUCUCCAGUUUUGGCUCUUUGUUCUCCACAUUGUUCACAUACUGUUUUGUUCUAUAAUUGAAGUAGGUAUUUAUGAGUUUAUCAUAAUGGUCUGAUACUUUCCCUACUCCCCCGAGUGUGCCCCUGUGUGGAGAUUUGCAUACUGAAUUAAUUUUAUUAAUCUCCUUGCUUUAUUUGUAGUCUAUUUAUGUCAGCUAGCCCUUGGCAUUAGCAAUUAUGGGCGUUGACAGGAAAAUAACUUGACAAAGGUAGGAGAUUUCUCCAUGAUAAUUGCCUGGUUACAACAAACACAUCCUUCAGUAUCUGGAUGUUGUAAUUGUGAGCAAUGCUGGAGGCUGUGCUUUUAUGGUUUUACAGAUUUCAUAUUUCUAGGCUGAGAAAGAGAUAAGAUCCUGAGAAAGCACAGUGAACGGAACAGUCCUUUGGACAUCAAGGCAACAAUAUCGUUGGAAAGAGAAGCUUUCAUUUCAUAGGCAUUGGGUUCGUAGUUCCAUUGGUGUUGGAUUAUUUAUAAAAUGUAGUCUUAGUCUUGCUCAGUGGAUGUGAGGGGAAAUGCCGAUAGUGGUAAUGUCGUUUUCAAAAAGCUUUUCCGUGAAAGCUCUGCCAUUUGCUGAAAGCCUGUUCUGUGAAAGUUUCAGAUACUGUUCACAUGCAACCUUAGACAUUUUAAAGCAAGUCAGCCAGGCCUUUGUUACCACUCUUUAAACAAGGAUACUGCAUAGAAUACGUUACAGAGAAAGGCUGGUUCAUACUUCAGGAGGCAGUCACCGUUCAUAGAGACUGCAAAGCAGUAAACCGCAUGCGGCCUAGGUUUUGUGGCCACGCGGAUAGGAAAACAAUGACAUGGACAAGUCCAAUGCUCUCACUGAGUGCAGAGUGUAUGAUUAUAUCAGAAAGAGCUAUGAAAAGCUUGACAGUGUCCAUUGUAAAAGGCCAGAGGGUGCACGCAGCGGCUGGGGUUCUGUUUAGCCUUUUUAGAGUGUGUCCCGGAAUAAAGUGGCCCUAAAUGACGCCUUCCACACCACUAAGCAAUUUUUGCAAGACUACAAAAAGCUGUUUCACUGUUGUCAAUGGUUAGUUGUACCCCUGUUCCCAUACCAGGAUAGAUGUUAUUUCAGUACGUUCAUAUGCCAACUCACAAACCACACUAUUAUGUUAAGUGCUGCUUUCUGGUGUGAAAGCACAAUGCGCCAAUCAUGGUCACAUGAAUGAACUGGCGUGUGCAAAAGAGACCUGCUGCGGCUACAAACGGUUUGGCAGAAAUGGUUCUCUCAAUUUUUUGCCCUGCUCGGUUUAUCAAAAAAAAAGUCAUAUUUGAAUGACUUGAAACUCACAACUAUGAGUGCAAUGUAACGUUUGUUUUCUGGGAAAAAAAAUGACCCGUAAAAUAAGUCACGGUUCUGUCAGAUUGCCCAAAAAUUUUGCCUUGGUUUUAAUUAUUUGUAUGUACUGAAGAAAAAAAGCAUAUAGCAUUUGCCACAAAAAAUUGUUUUUUUAAUAACGCUGAUCUGUUACACAUUUGGUUUGUAUGUUUAUGGGGAUAUAGGCUGAAUUGGAUGGUCAUUGUUUUUAUCUCUGUGAUGGAGCUGUGGAUACAAAGAUACUCAUUUUUUCACACAGGCACCCAUUGGUAUAGGCCAUUCCUUAGGUUCAAUCAAGUGACUUUUAAUUUCCAUUUGUACCUUUAUGGAAUGGUUGUAUGUGAAUAUGGUUAUAUUCCAAAUGUAUUUCAGACAAUAUAUAAUAUAUAAAGAGGAAAAUGAAAAGUAUAGUUUUGGACAUACGUGCAUAUAAUUCUAUUCUAAACCCCCCACUGGAUUUGGGAAGAGCCUUAUACAGUUAAGAAGCAUGUACUACUUUGAGAUAUUAAGAGUUUGUAUUAGAGGGUUUUUGGUUAGACACGUGCGUAUUCAUGUUUGACUAAAUGUUUAUCGUUUGACUAUCAAGCUCAGAUGUUGUUUUAACGACAUAUACAUCCCUACCUAUCCCUUUUAUCUCAAGGUGAUCAAAGCAAUUCCCAUGGAAUGUUAGACUUUUGUGAUACAUUUUGCUGUCUAUUAAUCACCUGGCCUCACAUUUUUCACACAGACGUGACACAGAAAGGCUCUGUGUGAAAUUCGGCAGAAGGAUAAUUGGUCUGAAGUGUAAAAAUGGUUCUGUAGGAUGCUGGCAAGUACACUCCAUUAACUGUGGAGACGGUCAUCAAGUCUGCAUGGAAAUCUGCCAUUGAGACAUUUGGAACUCCAUAUUUCAUUGUUUAUUCCUCUAUACAUAUUUUUAAAUUAAACUUUUAAAAGAGCUGAUGAAGAAUCUGUGUUGAAUGCUUUCCAUUUUAAAGGAUCAAUACAGGCACAUGUAAUGAAAUACGUGGAGGGAUUGAAGCGUUUAAAUUUCCAAGAGCCUUUAAUGGACUAUGCUGUAUUUCUGCCUCUCCGUUUUACUUUGCUGUCAGUUUUCAUUUCUGUUACUCCCCCCCCCCCCCGUGCUCUCAGAUUAAACUUGAAACAUCUGUGAUGAAACGUGCUGUCUGAUAUAUACUUUUAAACUUGAGAACUGUUUUCAUUUUCUAUCUCUGACAUGACCGGGAAAUCGUUAAACAAAAGACCCGGCCUGAACCCUGCUGGUGGUUUGUGUUUCAAAACUGGCUUCGUGGUUGUGUUUAGGUCGAGACAAAAUUACUCCCAUUGGGGGAAGUGAGAUUCAAGAGCUUGUGUGAAACAAAGAAUAUUGACCAACAGUCACCUUUUUUAGAUGCUUGGAAAAAAUGGAUAGAUCAACAAUAAAUACUGCCUUCAAUGACUACUUUUUAUAAUAUCCAGCCAAGUUUUUAGCAUAAAUAUGAGAUUAUAUAUCAGUCAAUAUUUUUCUUUAGAUUCAUUGAAACUCCAAUGAAACCCGAGUAGUUUGCUUUGUCAUUUCAAACAAGGUUAGUGAUCACCAAGUCAAUAAAAAUGUUUUUGCAUGCAUUUAAUAAAAGACAAAUGUUGUUUGAAUUCAGGCCAAAAUUAGAGUUAAGGACACAUAUUGAUUCAAUCUAGGCCCAAGUCAAAAGGGGAAUGUUGGAUCAAAGUUACUUUCUCUAAAACUUCUUUAACAUAAUCUUGGGAUGUGCCAAACCAAAUUUAGGAUGUAAAACCUAACUGUGAUAUCCUGGCUGUUAGUUUUGCCAGUCACU